GAUUCCACAUCAUUCGAGCAUACUAUUCGAUUAUGGAUAAGAAAAUAUAACUACAUAGUAAACGUUGUUUAUUUUCGUAAUAGCAGUUCAUCGCUAUGUGGUAUAAGAUCUUUAAAUAUUAUUCUUGUUUAUAUCACAAUAAAUGACUAUAAUUUUUUAGCAAUAAGUUUUCUUAAUUCAAUAUCAUCAUGGAUUUUGUAAUAGCAGCUUCAGCUGCUAUGGGGGCAUGUGUAUUCACUAACCCCUUAGAGGUACUAAAAACCAGGAUGCAGCUUCAAGGGGAAUUAAAGGCGAAAGGACAACAUGCUGUCCAUUAUAGAAACGUUAUACAUGCUAGUUAUACAAUCGUAAAGAAUGAUGGAGUAUUAGCACUACAAAAAGGACUUGUUCCCGCAUUGUGGGUCCAACUGUUCCUUAACGGAAUGAGAUUAGGGAUCUAUAGAUUUGCUGCAAAUAAUAAUUUAAUGCACGACAAAAAUGGAAACUUGAUAUUCUAUAAAUCGGCUAUAAUAGCUGGUAUCGGAGGUACAAUGGGACAAAUUUUAUGUAGUCCUUUUUUUCUAAUAAAAACUCAUCUUCAGACUCAAGCUGUUGAUAGUAUUGCAGUCGGAUACCAACACCAUCAUCAAGGAACUUGGGGUGCUGCUAAAACUAUUUUCAAAAAAAAUGGAGUAAAAGGACUUUUUCAAGGUGUAACAGCUUCUAUGCCAAGGGGUUUUGUCGGAUCUACAUCUCAGUUGAUUGGAUUUGAUUAUUCCAAACAAUAUUUGUUACAGUACGAUUAUUUCAAAGAUAAAAAGCUUCUGACGGCUUUCUUAGGAAGUAUGGUGGGAGGAGUAGCUAUUAGUUUUGCUAUGACUCCAUUUGAUCUUAUAAUGACGAGGUUGUACAACCAACCUACCGACAGUCAUGGUAAUGGAAUACUAUACAAGAAUUAUAUGGAUUGCGUUUCGAAAAUAUACAAAACGGAAGGCCCAUCAGCCUUUUAUAAAGGUGUAGGACCAAUGUAUCUUAGAUUAGGUCCGCAUACUGUUUUGUGUCUUGUAUUUUGGGAUUCUCUGAACGGGUUAUAUUGUAGAUUCAAAAAAUCAUAAUUUCUAUUUUUUUUGUAUAUUUUUAAACAAUUUUUGUUUAAAAUCAUUCAUUCGAAUAUCCACUGGACAUAAGUAUCUGCAGAAAUGAUUUUAUUAGGUACAAACAAUAAAUUUUUUAUAGAAUUUUCCAAUUUGUCAAAAUUGGGUUUUCAAUUUUCAAACAGCUACAUUGUACUAAUAAAUUUAAGACUUUAACAUGCCAUUUUCAAAUUUUAAAGAACCUGUUAUAAAUAUAUAUUUUAUAUGUUGUUUUAUCUAAUAAAUUGUAAUUUUGUUUAAAAA